AGACAGCCCACCAAGGCAUAAAAAGCCCCUCCAUAACCUUUACUGCCACCUCUCCACACUCACUCUCCCUCUGGGCUGACCCAAAGUACUUUCCCUUCUUUGUGUCGUUGCGUCAGGUAUUAGAAAGGUUGCGAGUCACGUUUCUCGCGCCUGUUGUUUGAUACCCCCGGAUAGAUUCACUCUAUCUUUUCACGCCAAAAGUUUUUUAGGCCCCGCCGCCUAAGUCCAUAUAAGGACCACCGCCCCUCCACCCACCUUCUUUCUACACACCUCUCCCCCUCCACACAUCACCGACAAAAUGGCGCCUGCUGCUUCGCACGAUGCCAAGGACAUCAAGUCCGAGAACUCCAAGUCGCUCAAGGCGCUUGAGGAGAUGAUGCAGAAGUUGACCGUGUCUAAGGCCCAGGACGAGAUCAACGCCUCUGCUCAGGCCAUCGCCACCUUCAUCAACGGCGACAUUGAGGAGGCUGACGCUCCCACCAAGGCUGUCCAGGUGCUUAAGAAGCAACUCGCCAGCAAGAAGGAUGCCGUCGCCCGUGAGCGCGCUCUCGAUGCCAUCCGUGCUAUCGCCCAGCACUCGCACGUCUCCGCCUCUGUCGAGCCCUACCUCGUUUCCCUCCUGCCGGACGUGCUGGCCGCGGUCGGUGACAAGAUGAGCGGCGUCAAGGUCGCUGCUCAGACCGCCGCCGAGUCCAUCGUCAUGGCUGCCAACCCCAACGCCGUCAAGGCCAUCAUCCCCCACAUCAUCCACUCGCUGGAGAACGCACAAAAGUGGCCCGAGAAGAUGACCGACCUCAAGUGCAUCGAGGUCCUCACCAAGAGCGCCCCCGCACAGAUGGCUUUCCGUGUUCCCGACCUGAUUCCCGUCAUCUCGGGUGCCAUGUGGGACACCAAGCCUGAGGUCAAGAAGGCUGCCUACGGCACCAUGGAGGUUCUCUGCUCCUUGAUCUCCAACAAGGAUAUCGAGCGCUUCAUUCCCGAGCUCAUCAAGUGUAUCGCUAAGCCUGAGAACGUCCCCGAGACCGUUCACUUGCUCGGUGCCACCACUUUCGUCACUGACGUCCACGAGCCCACCCUCGCUAUCAUGGUUCCCCUGCUUGAGCGUGGUCUCGUCGAGCGCGAGACUGCCAUCAAGCGUAAGUCUGCCGUCAUUAUCGACAACAUGUGCAAGCUUGUCGAGGACCCCCAGAUUGUCGCCGCUUUCUUGCCCCGUCUCAUGCCCGCGCUUGAGAAGAACCACGACAACUUGGCUGACCCCGAGGCUCGUGAGAAGACCCGCCAGGGUCUCGACACCCUCAUCCGUGUCGGUCACGUCGAGAACGGCAAGGCUCCUGAGAUCGAGAAGUCUGGUGACAUCUCCACCAUCGCCAACCACCUCAAGGCUGCUAUCCCCUCCAGCAUCAAGAUCGACGACCGUUUCACCCCUGUCGUCAACUACGUUGGUGCCAUUGGUGGUCAGCUGAUCGACGAGAAGGACUACGAGCCUCUUAACUGGCAGGCUAACGCCGGUCCUUUCGUUGCCGUCCUUGUCGGCGACGAGAAGGCCAAGGAGGUCACUGAGGACACCCGCAAGCGAUCUCUCCCUGGUGCCGCCGCUGAGCGCGCCGUCGAGCCCGAUGAGGAGGAGGGCGAGGACCUCUGCAACUGCACAUUCAACUUGGCCUACGGUGCUAAGAUUCUGCUCAACCAGACCCAUCUCCGUCUCAAGCGUGGUCAGCGUUACGGUCUCCUCGGACCCAACGGUUCCGGAAAGACCACUCUCAUGCGCGCUAUCAACAACGAGCAGGUCGAGGGUUUCCCCAAGCAAAACGAGGUCAAGACCGUCUACGUCGAGCACGACUUGGACUCUGCUGACACUGAGAUGACCGUUCUUGAGUGGACCAUGAACAAGCUCAAGGCCGUCGGUGUCGAGACCCCCGAGUCUGAGGUCAAGACUACCCUCAACGAGUUCGGUUUCACCGACGCCAUGUACAACGGUACCAUUGGUGCCCUUUCUGGUGGAUGGAAGAUGAAGCUUGCGCUCGCUCGUGCCGUCUUCGAGAAGCCCGACAUUCUGUUGCUCGACGAGCCCACCAACCACUUGGACGUCAAGAACGUCAAGUGGCUCGAGGACUACCUCACCAGCUCUCCUUGCACAUCCAUUGUCAUCUCCCACGACAGCAAGUUCUUGAACAACGUCAUUCAGCACGUCAUCCACUACGAGCGCUUCAAGCUCAAGCGCUACCGUGGUAACCUUGACGACUUCGUCAAGCGUGUGCCCUCUGCCAAGUCUUACCACGAGUUGGCUGCCUCCGACAUGGAGUUCAAGUUCCCCGAGCCCGGUUUCCUUGAGGGUGUCAAGACCAAGGCCAAGGCCAUUCUCCGUGCCACCAACAUGAGCUUCCAGUACGAGGGUACCUCCAAGCCCCAGAUUGAGGACAUUACCUUCCAAUGUUCGCUCGGAUCCCGUAUUGCCGUCAUUGGUCCCAACGGUGCCGGAAAGUCCACCCUUGUCAACGUCUUGACUGGUGAGCUUGUCCCCACCAAGGGUGAGAUCUACCACCACGAGAACAUCCGUAUCGCCUACAUUAAGCAGCACGCUUUCGCCCAUAUCGACCACCACCUCGACAAGACUCCCUCCGAGUACAUUCAAUGGCGUUUCCAGACUGGUGAGGACCGUGAGACCAUGGACCGUGCCAACAAGAUCGUCACUGAGGAGGACGAGAAGGCCAUGGACAAGAUCUACAAGAUCGAGGGUACCGAGCGUCGCGUCAUCGGCAUCAACUCCCGCAGGAAGUUCAAGAACUCUUACGAGUACGAGUGUUCGUUCGCUCUCGGAGAGAACGUCGGCAUGAAGAACGAGCGCUGGACACCCAUGAUGUCUGCUGACAACGCCUGGAUUCCCCGUUCCGAGAUCAUGGCUUCCCACGCCAAGAUGGUCGCCGAGGUUGACCAGAAGGAGGCUCUUGCCAGCGGUCAGUUCCGUCCUCUGGUCCGUAAGGAGAUUGAGGCUCACUGCGCCAACUUUGGUCUUGACGCUGAGCUUGUUUCUCACUCCCGUAUGCGCGGUCUCUCCGGUGGUCAGCGUGUCAAGGUCGUCCUGUCUGCUUGCUCAUGGCAGCGUCCUCACUUGAUCGUUCUUGACGAGCCCACUAACUACCUCGACCGUGACUCCCUUGGUGCCCUUUCCAAGGCCAUCAAGACCUUCGAGGGUGGUGUUAUCAUCAUUACUCACUCUGCCGAGUUCACUGCCAACCUCACUGAGGAAGUCUGGGCCGUCAUGGACGGUCGCAUGACACCUUCCGGUCACAACUGGGUGCAAGGUCAGGGUGCCGGUCCCCGUCUUGCCAAGGACGAUGGUGAAGAAGAGGAGAAGUUCGAUGCCAUGGGUAACAAAAUUGCCUCGCAAAAGAAGAAGGCCAAGCUCACCUCCUCUGAGAUGCGCAAGAAGAAGAAGGACCGCAUGGCCCGCCGCAAGCGUGGUGAGGAGGUCUUCUCCGACGAGGACGAUUAAACGGAUCGCCCUUUUCGAAAAGUUUCCUUCCUGGUUCUGGUUUACGGCAAGAGAGUUCAUGGGUUGCAUGACAGGCUUAUUCGAUAUGAGCCUACGAGUAAUGUGUUCAUGGUCGGCGUCACGGUACAAAACUUGCAUGG